AUGGCUGAGAAUAAAAGGGCCGAUGAAACGAUGCGACAUCAAUUCAUUGGUACGUAUAGCGGAUUGACGAGAAUGUAUCCAAGACGUUAUUGGCGAGUUGAGCCGUCCCCGAUCACUAUCGACUUGUUCGAUCCGAAAUUUCGACCAUGGUUUGUCAACACCGAGUCGGCUCCAAAGGACAUCCUCCGGAAGUGUAAAGGGCCCUACGAUGCAUCUCAUAAAGGUCACAAUGAUGUGUAUAUUUUCAAUUCCGUCUUUGCUCCGAUUCUUUCAUGUGCCAAUGGGACUUUCUGCCAGCCACAACGAAUUUUCUUCGAACGGCUUGGAGAGCUCGAAGAGAAAGACCAAGCCCAUGUAUCAGCACCUCUGCGAUUCUCACUGGACGCAUUACGAGGGUGUUCCCGAAAUUACCGUUCCGGAGGGCAUAAGUUACUUAUGCUGUUCACUGACGGCCUCGACGAAUGGCCCCAUGCGGUGAUGGACGAAGAACUGCACAACAGGCAUGGCGACGUGAUACGCAUGUUUGGCUUCUCAAUGGGAUACGGUACCGGACAGCUGCCACUGCUGCACUGGAUUGCCUGUAGAACGUUUGCGAAAUACUCGAUUAUCGAUUCAAUUAUGGAUGUAAAACCACAAUCUCGUUCAUACCUGGAUCAUUUAAGCGCUGCGCUCGGCAGAAGUCUUGAAACCACGCCCAUUGAAGCACGACGGAUAAGCUGGUCAAAACUGUACAUGGAAGUGCAAGGUCUCGGUCCCACUAUUACAAUAUCGCUGCCCAUAGUCACAAAACCUGAAGGUAUCUGGCUUGGACAGCGGAUCGCUGGAAUUGCUGGUAUCGACAUCGGGAUCGCCGAACUCACCGACCGACUUCCCAAAAGUGAACAGCUGUACGGAAUUAUUGUUGAUAACAACGGGAUUGUCAUCUAUCAUCCGAAACACAUACUUCCGGCUACCGAAGUACAUGCUGUUCGUCGAAGCGCAUGUUACGAUGCCUCACAGGUUCGACAUCGCGCUGGUGCAGGAUUAAGGGUCCAAUAUGGGUUCAGCGAUCAGCGUGUUUAUCGUUUGGUCGGGCUCAUAGACAGCAUACCAACUAUCGAUUUGGGUGACCGGGAGUACUACUGCGCUAAUCUGAAAGGCUCACCAUUAUCAGUGAUUAUUGUAAGCUCGCUAGAUCGUCAGAGCUUGAUUUAUACGGACAGAGCGCCCCGCUUGGAAAUCUCCAGCAACCCUUUCGUCAAGUAUUUCUUGUCCAGC